AUGCUGGACAUGAGCGAGACCCGCGCCCAGCCGCCCUGCAGCCCAUCUGGCACUGCUAGCUCCAUGUCGCACGUGGAGGACUCGGACUCGGACGCGCCGCCGUCGCCUGCCGGUUCCGAGGGUCUGGGCCGUGCGGCGGGCGCGGGGGGCGGCGCCCGGGGCGACGCAGCCGAGGCGGCGGACGAGCGCUUCCCCGCCUGCAUCCGCGACGCCGUGUCGCAGGUGCUCAAGGGCUACGACUGGAGCCUGGUGCCCAUGCCGGUGCGAGGCGGCGGCGGCGGUGCGCUCAAGGCCAAGCCGCACGUGAAGCGGCCCAUGAACGCCUUCAUGGUGUGGGCGCAAGCAGCGCGCCGCAAGCUGGCGGAUCAGUACCCGCACCUGCACAACGCGGAACUCAGCAAGACGCUGGGCAAGCUGUGGCGCUUGCUGAGUGAGAGUGAGAAGCGCCCCUUCGUGGAGGAGGCAGAGAGGCUGCGGGUCCAGCACAAGAAGGACCACCCAGAUUAUAAGUACCAGCCACGCCGGAGGAAGAGCGUGAAGACUGGCCAGAGUGACUCAGACUCAGGCGCCGAGCUGGGCCACCACCCGAGCGGUGCCGUCUAUAAGACUGACGCCGGCCUCGGUGAUGCACACCACCACGGUGACCACACAGGGCAGAGCCAUGGGCCGCCCACCCCCCCCACCACCCCCAAGACUGACCUGCACCACGGGGGCAAGCAGGAGCUGAAGCUGGAAGGCCGCCGCCUGGUGGACAGCGGGCGCCAGAACAUCGACUUCAGCAAUGUGGACAUCUCUGAGCUGAGCAGUGAGGUCAUCGGAAACAUGGACACCUUUGACGUCCACGAGUUCGACCAGUACCUGCCCCUCAACGGCCACUCGGCCCUGCCCACAGAGCCGGGCCAGCCCGCGGCCGCCAGCUCCUACGGAGGCACCUCCUACUCGCACUCCGGGGCGGCUGGCAUCGGGGCAUCCCCCGUGUGGGCCCACAAGGGAGCCCCAUCGGCCUCUGCGUCACCCACUGAGGCAGGGCCCCCGAGGCCGCACAUCAAGACGGAGCAGCUGAGCCCUGGCCACUACGGCGACCAGUCGCAUGGCUCUCCGGGGCACACCGACUACGGCUCCUACAGUGCUCAGGCCAGUGUCACCACUGCUGCCUCUGCCGUGGCCGCCAGCUCCUUCACCAGCUCACAGUGCGACUACACCGACCUGCAGGCCCCCAACUAUUAUGGCCCGUACCCUGGCUACCCAUCCGGCCUCUACCAGUACCCCUACUUCCACUCGCCCCGCCGACCCUACGCCUCGCCCCUGCUCGGUGGCCUCUCUGUGCCGCCUGCCCACAGCCCCCCCAGUAACUGGGAGCAGCCCGUGUACACCACCCUGACCAGACCCUGAGGGUGCGGCCGCGUGGACGGGCUGCGGCCGAGGACAACCUUGAUCUCGGCAAAGAUAGACAGACCUCCGGGGGCUUCCAGAAGGUGUGUGACAUGGGGAGGAGCCGCGGCUCCAUCAAGUGCCUGCUGAGGUCCGCGGGAAGCCAGGCUUUGUAAACAAGUCCCCUCUGCUUCCAGACUUCCAAACUCCCGUCCAUGGACAAAGCCCUCCUUCCCUUCUCUCUCUCUUUUUGCGGGGACUGCAACUGUGAAGGACAGUCACUGGGUCCCUCUUCCGAGCAGACGCCAGCGUCUGGGUUUUGCAUCUCAGUGUCUGCAAAGCAGCAGCCAUAGCACAAAGGACAAAAGGAGGGAAGAGGUGUGGGGUCUCCAGGCCGCCCGUGUUCCAAAGUCCUGGCCAGCCUUGGCGCUGAGAACUCCCCAGGACCAAUGGAUGACGUUCCUGAGGCCAGUUAUCACCCGUCACCCACAGCCUGGCGGGGAUGUGUCCGUGGGAGCACCUCUUGGGACCAGCCCGUUAGACCUGAGGUGUUCCUUGUAGUUAGGGUUCUUCCGAGCAAGGUUUGGCAGUGAUUAACACUUCUCUCUUUUUAUUUUAUUUUUUUAAUUUUUAUUUUUGAAGCUUCAAUGUGUUUGAU